AUGAUAGGCCCCGAAGACCUUAGUUUGCGACAACGGAGCGCAAUUCACGAGCCGCGGAUUCCAGGCUUUCUGCAAGUCUAUGGUGAUGGAAUUACAGCACACCGCGCCCUACACGCCUCGACAGAGGUAACGCCGGGACGAAGAACGGCCUUGGUUCCCCCUGAGGAGAAGAGCCGGCAGCUCCAUAACAUUUUUCAAGUCGCCCGCGACAACGCCGAACGCGCCACCGCCGAACAAGGCCGGCACUAUAAUCUCAGGCGACGAGAAUGGAGACCAGCACUGGGCUCUUUAGUUCUCGUGCGUCAACACGUCCUUUCAAACGCGGCCGAAGGAUUCGCCGCGAAGCUGGCUGCAAUAUCCUGGCUGGGAGAUAUCCUGGUAGCAAUCCGGAAGAGGUGCCGACCGACGCUCCACGCCGACGCAACGCCACCACGCCCCGUUUACGACCACAUUUCGGACGAAACAAGUUUUUAUAGCCAUUGGCACCUAGCGCUUACCCAAAUUAUCAGAGGCUUGCAACCACAUUCACUUGCUAUAUUGGCGCUACCAAGCAAAGAUCUAUCUGACGGUGUCUGCCAGAAAGACCGCAGCGUUUAUCUUGAUGAUUUUCUGCAUCGUCUUCAUCGUAGUAGCUACAAGUCGGUGGUAUUCAGCAAGGCGGAGCUCUUUUUUCAAUACAUUGAGGAAAACCUUCAAGGUGCAAACGAGUGUAUUAGUCUGAUUUUGGAGGAGCCCAAACAGCUGUUGAAUAGUCUCCACGAUCGCCAUCUUGCCCAUCGCUUAAGCCUAUUUAUUUUUUUCUGGGGAGCACGUUUUCCACCCAGUCCCCGAGUAAUAAGUUUCAAGGAGCCGCUUCGAGCGGUAGUGCUAACUCGUCCUCGCAAGAAGGCCUUCCGCAUCUACUACAACCAGGCUAGGCCAUGUAGCGACAGUCAGCUACAGUUGGUUAAUUGGUACGACGGCGAUAACCUUGGUCUCCAACGAAUUCCUCUUCUCCCGACUGCAUUAUCGGUGUACGCCAACUUUCAAGGUCGUAUUUUUCGGGUGCCUGUAUUUCAUUCUCCGCCGUGGUUUUGGGUAACGUAUUGCAAUUACAGCUCCGAAGAAGACGAGGAGUUGAACAACCUAGACAGCAUAGAGAAAAGAAAGGUUUGGGUCACGGGUGGUCGCGAUCACCGCCUACUCACGCUGCUAUCUAAGGAAAUGAACUUUCGGUUUAAGUAUAUCGAAGCACCCGGUCGAACCCAGGGCUCUAUAAGGUCAGAAAAUGACAGGGAUUUGAAUGACAGUUUCACGGGAGGCAUUGGAUUGCUGCAAAGUGGAGUAAGUGGUUUUGAACCUAAUAUUAAACAGUUUAAUUUAGAUUUUUGGUUCAGCAGCUAGCAGAUUUUUUUUUGGGAGAUGUCGGUCUAAGCUGGGAGCGACGUAAGGCCAUCGAGUUCUCUUUUUUCACACUGGCAGAUUCAGGAGCGUUUGCUACACACGCCCCUAGGCGACUUAAUGAGGCCCUGGCCAUUAUGCGCCCGUUUAAGCAAGACAUCUGGCCUCAUCUAAUACUUACGAUCAUUUUCUCCGGUCCAAUUUUUUAUGUUAUUAUUGCCCUGCCUUAUAUAUGGCGUCGACGACGGGUCAACUCAGAUGUCGAACAUCUUGGCGAAUUAUAUUUCCAUAUAACGUACUUAAAAGAGAUAACUCCACACUUAUUAAAGUUCAAACCCAGAACUGUGCUGGCUGCCUACCAGAUGCCUCACCAACUCUUUCAGAAGUGCAUAUGGUUCGCUUUACGUCUGUUUUUAAAACAAUGUAAGUAGAAAUUAUUUUUAAGGUGAGCAAUUUA